CCCCCUCUCAUCUUCCUCCUUAAAGAAGAAAGCAGCUGGCAUGGGCUGCUUGUAUUGUUCCUGACCUUUUCUCUCCUACCUUAUCCCAUAUACAUACACUCAUACCCACUACACACACACACACACACCAAGAUCCAAGAACCAAGAACCUUCAUUGUGCUCCCCCCUGAUGAGCUAGCUAGCUACCCCCCGUUUCUGGCAUCUAUCUGUUCAUCCAUGGCAUAAUCGCAUAUCGUAGUACACACAUCUAUUCCAGUUUUCCAAUCAUCCGAAGAAAUCUCGGAGGCCCAUAUUAUAGUAAGCCUGAUAGCCAUAGCCCUAAUUCUUUUCUCCAAGAAUAGCUGAUUAUAGUACUGUUGCGUGCCAUCCCGGCUCCCAGAAAUAGCAUACCAGUCAAAGUCAGCACCUUGGUGCCUCGAGCUCGGGAGGUUGGCAGGGAGCUAGCGCGCCAAGGCCCAAGGCCAUGGAGUUCUCGCCAACCGCACCGGCCGGUGGCGAGGAAUCCGAGAGGGUUUGCGCGUCGUCGUCGGUGGUGGAGAAAGAGCACAUGUUCGAGAAGGUAGUGACCCCGAGCGACGUUGGGAAGCUGAACCGCCUGGUCAUCCCCAAGCAGCACGCCGAGCGCUACUUCCCUCUCGAUGGUGCUGCCGCAGCGCUGGCGACGGAGGCUAACGGCGGCAAGGGGAUGGUCCUCAGCUUCGAGGACCGCGCGGGAAAGGCGUGGCGGUUCCGGUACUCGUACUGGAACAGCAGCCAGAGCUACGUCAUGACCAAGGGCUGGAGCCGCUUCGUGAAGGAGAAGCGCCUCGGCGCCGGCGACACCGUCCUGUUCGGCCGCGGGGUCGGCGACGGCGCUGCGCGCGGCCGCCUCUUCAUCGACUUCCGCCGCCGACGCCCGGCCGAAGCUUACAGCGCCACCGUAUCUUUCCCGCCGCCGGCGACAUCGUCUUUGUCACAUCGCCUGCCGCUCCUCCCGUCUGUGCCGUUCUGCCCGUGGCGGCGGGACUUCGGCACCACCUACGGCGUCCCCCCUGCUGCCUCGGGGUCCAACCGUCAUGUGCUAUUCCUGCGGCAGCAGGUGCCAGCGGCUGUGGUGCUAAAGUCCGUGCCGGUGCACGCCGCUGCCUCCGUACUGGAGCCGCCGACGAGGCCUAUGCCUAAGCGAGUCCGGCUGUUCGGCGUGAACCUCGAUAGCCCGCCCACGGAAGACGGCGGCGCCUGCGGAGUCACGCAGAUGGUGACCUCGACGCUCCUGCUGCCCUUGCCGUCGUCGUCAACGUCGUCGACGGCGGGUAAGGAGAGGCAGUGCUCCCUGGAUCUUGGAUUGUGAAUUCAAGGCCAGAUUAAAGACUAGUACUGAGUACUGACACGCGAACUUGAUCCAGAGAGGCAAUGCGUGAUUGGGGCAGCCUGCGUACGUAUAUAGCUCCUGCAUUAUGUGUAACAUUCAGAUCAGAUGGGUUGUUUCUUGACGAUAUGCAUCUUGCACGUAUGAUUAUUUGCUUGCUAAACUAGCUAGUUAAUUAUAUUGUUCUUCAUUUUAGUCUGAGUUUUUCCCUUGACAAUGAAGAAUGUAUCAAACCUCUCUGAACCUCUGCAUCAUGAGAUACAUUCGCACGGAUUAUGGCUUCA